AUGUCGCUCGCAAUCGAAUCGUACCCACACAUCGUGGAACAGAUUCUCGACUACACGCUCGCGGUCGACCCCGUGGCCCUGCGCGGCGUGUCGCGGGGGUACAAGGACCAGGCGGAUGCCGUUCUUUGCUCGCACGUCGCCGUCGAGUUUGGCCUAAAAGAGGUGCCCUCGUCUUCUGUAGACGGCGUCCUCGGCUCCACUGCGGCCGCCGCUUCCCGGCCAAUAGCCAUCACUGGGCUCUUCGGCGCCGACGGCCAGCGCCGGGUGCCCGGCCUGCGCGCCGACGGCACCCCUGCCGAGCGCGAAGCGUGUGCCCGGCUCCUACGACACACGAAGCACGUCGACGUCCUCGGCCCCGGUAUCUGCCGCAGGCAGAUGCCGGCCGUCGGGCCGUACCACGACGGUGACCUGCUGGGCGCCGUCCGCACCGACCUCGAGACGCUCCGCGGAGAGACCUACUUCACACCAUUUGCGGCACGCACCCUCAUCCUUCACAAAGAAAUGAGUACGUGGAGAGACCACUCUCUCUCCUCCGAACCGCGCAUCCAGCGCGUAUCCAGCCGGUUCUCGAUGCCAGCUACCCUUGUGCUCAAUGUCCCUGGGCGCGACCCCUACUCCGGUAUCGCCGCUGCGUAUCAGGUCGACGCCGUCCGCCUGCCGCUGCAGAGCAAGGUACCCGGCUCGCGGAUCAAGUCCGUCAUUGCACACGUGUACGAGAAUUCUGGGGAACCAACGCAACGUUAUAUGGACCGCGUCCUCAACAGCCUCCUCUUGGUCGUAGGACAAACUCUCACACUAGACUGGACGAUCGUAGCCGACGACAACCUCCACGUCCAGGACCCCUUCGGCCUCCCCGGCGACGUUUGUGACUGUCUCCGUGAGAAGAUCCGCGCGUACGCUCCGGGCCAGUGGGGAGGAUGGGGCGACUACGACAACGAGGAGGACUUUGUGGAUGCCCUCACGGCGAGGGUGCGGAUCGUCACUAGGUCCCAGUAUAUCGCCGAGGUCGGGGCGGAGCGGUACUGGUGCGAGCGGGGGUUCCCGCCAAAGGCGGAGGCGCUGGAGCCGUCGGAGGCUGGGACAAAGCGGAGGAGAAGUGCAUCGCCUGAAGGCGCGGAGGAGGUGGCACAGAAGCGGAGGUAG